AAUUGUUUAACUGAUUUUUUUUCACCUUAAUUUAUGCAAUUAUUCCUACAAACUAGCUACGUGUUGCAUUCGUAAGCAUGGAAAACCGUUGGAUAAACGAAAAUAAACCGAUUUUAGCGAAAAGUGCUUUACGCGCCUUCGACGGUGAAGAAUCGGAAACGAUAAUUUUAAGACAAUCUGACUUGGUGCAAAGUGAAGUGGAUGUGAUAACGGGAAAUUUUGCUUAUGCAACAUAUUUGGAUUUAUCGCAUAAUGAGAAAAUUGAAUAUAUCAAAUUUCUGUUGACCCCAAAGACAUUGUACCUCCAAAACUGCACAAGCUUAAGUGAGAUAAAAUACAGAUUUAGCGCGUGCACUGUACGAAUGUUAGACAUAGCGGGUUGUCCGAUUGAUUACGAAGCACACUUCGGCAGCUAUGAUUUUCCGUUUCUGGAGAGCCUCACACUUAGCUGGCGCCCAGAGGUGGGAGAGUGGAGAAAACUAUUGAGCAAAUUGAUGGCGCUAAAAAGUCUAACCAUCGAAGAGCUAUAUGGAGCAGAAAGAGAGCACUCAAGCUCUAGUGCAAUUGAGCAAGAGAGAGAAACACUCUUCACAGCCUUGACUGAAUGUAAAAACAUCAAAUUCCUUACACUCGGUGGCAUACCUUGUGAGUGUGAUCUGAGGCAUCUAAGAAAGUUAACAGACAGAAAGCUAGGCUUUUACAUCAGAAACGUAGACCCCACGCAUUUGAGGAGACUCUGGGAACUACAAAAUUUGAAUACGCUUUAUUUUGAGCACACUGACAAUGUUACCAACACAGACUUGCUGUGUUUAAUAAGAACCUGCGCCAACUUAACAAAACUCACGCUGGAUUACUGUGCUGGUGUGACGAAGGAAUUCGUUUUCAAAGCUGCAGAGUUCUUGCGAGAGCGCGAUAAAGAUCAGCCAUUAAAAGCACGCUUAAAUCUGGAAAUAUGUGGCUGUGCUGGCAUCACAGAAGAAAUACAAGAGGACCCUCAAUAUGCCAGAGCAGAGUCUGCACUGAGUCUCAUUUUGUACUUCAAGUGCAAGCAUCCGAAGGGGAACUUCAGAACUGAUCUCAUCAUACCCUACCCAGCGCCAAAUGUACAACUCAGCAUAUAUAUUCUCUUCGAAAUCUACAAGAAGCUAAUCCACCAGCCGGCCGCGAAAUGCUUUGCCUCCGUUUGUGCCGAUUUCGAGAGCGCAGCCAUUGAAGAGGAGCGCCAUUUGAAAAUAAUCGCGUGCCGCAGCGCAAAGGUGGUGCGUAAUGAGAUCUACGAUGCGUACUUGGAGAUCACAGCCGAGAGUAAAGACUUUUUCACGAAUGCGCCUUGCACGAAUGCCAUGAAAAUGGUGCUGAGCAAUCGUUUGCUCGUAUUUGAUACGAUUUUAGAUGAUUUUCCAUUGUUAAAGCACUUGAAAUUCAUAAAUUGUGUUGUGCAGGAAAGCGAGCUGCCCAAAGAGCGGAAGUACUGUAAUGUCUGUGAAUUGGAAAUAUGUUGCGCGAAUGCGUUGCCGUUGUGGCAGGCAAUAGCACCGCUUUUUCCCUAUGUCCAAGCGGUGUAUUUGAACGAUGAGUUGCUGGAGAAUCCAAUAGAGUUGACGCCAAGUAGAACACUGAGUUCGAGAAGCAGCUCGGAUUUUCUUAAUAUUGCUAGAUUAUCUAUAGCUGGUAGCAUUUUUAGCGAUGAGGAUGUGGAAUUUUUAACCAACCUACGGAAUUUACGAAGUCUAUCAGUCUUUGGGAAUUCAAAAAUUACGGGCAAACACAUUGCCGAACUGAGCAGCAUCGAGGAACUCCAACUGAAUUGCUGUGAAAACUUGAACCAAUAUUAUGUAGCAGACGUGGUGACCUCCCUCCCACUACGAGCGCUCGAUUUGAGACGGAGUACAUUCACCAUCACCGCCACACACCUCACAAGCGAAAUGUGGCUAAAUUGCGCAACGUUGACUGAACUCAAAAUCGACUGGCAGCAAGAGCUGACAAUAACAACGCUAAGAAUUCUACAAACUCUCCGUGAUAUUGAGGUGCGUAACCUACCAACACACGCUUGUGCGGCCUGCCUGCGGCACGAUCUGCUGGCAGUUGAGAUACCCAAUCAGCGUACUGGUUAUCAGCAUUGCAACUGCCUGGCGGUACCACAAACCCGUUUGGUGAAAGAUUUCUUUCGUACGCUCGUCGCACGCACGCGCAUUACAAAGCUCACACUCGAGGCGGAAGUGCUGUGUAGAAAUCUUAAUUAUUUGCAACUGCUACAGCGGCUAACACAUCUGAGCAUCGUUGCUAAGAAAACAACGCUCGAUGUCUUUCGCAUAUCGCCGAACUUCUAUCAGACUAUUGGUCAACUGAGAAAUUUGGUGUAUUUGUAUUUCGCGCACUUCUACUAUUGCUUCGAUGGCGUUAUACACAUUGUGGGCCGUUGUGCCAAACUCAGAGAGCUCAAACUGAAGGAGUGUGUGGGGUUUUCCGAUGUAGUGGUCUACGACCUCGCUGAGGUGUUGCAGCGGAAACGCACGAAGGCGCAAUUGCCGUUGAACUUUUUCAUGCAGAACUGCAAGGAUGAGUCAAGCGAUGCGGAGAGUGAGGCGAGCUCCAGAGACGGUACUCAGGAUGUCCAGCGCUUUGAGGACAUAAAGGACUUCAUAAGAGUUAAUUUUAUAUAAAAAAAGCUCUGAAGCGUGAAAGAAAAGGAAUCAAAUAUGUAGCCGGAGAAUUAAAACAAAAUUUAUUAAAAAAAGUCAUGUUCAGUUUA